AAAAUGUUGCUUAAUAAGUAUUUUGUAAAAAUUUCGAAUGCUGUCCAUCAUAAAAAUAAGGAAAACAUUAAAAGUUCUGCAAAUAAGCAAAGCUGCCCGAUUAAUAAUAAUAAUAAUAAUAACAACAAUAAUAAUAAUAAUAAUAAUAAUAAUAAUAAUAACAAGAAUAACAAGAAUAAUAAUAAUAGCAAUAGCAACAAAAAUAACGGUAACGUUACUGCCGCCAGUAACACCACCAGCAUGAUUGGCAUUAACGGUAACAAUCAACAUAAUGCUGCCCGUAACUUAGAAUAUGAACGUGCCAUUGCCGCUUCUUAUGCAGCCGCUAUGCCCAAGAAGAAGAAACCCAAAGUCAAUCUUCAUCAUCGUUCCUUUAGCAAAUCUUGCCUAUCCACCGAUGAAUUAGCAGUUAUCAUAAGAGGUCCGAACAGACGUCAGACUUUAAAAGAAUCGGAACUUUAUUCGACAUCUCUAAUAAGUAACAGUAUUAACACGGCAGUACGUGAACCGAUUUUAAAGGCAAAGAGUUCUUUAAAUUUGAAUUUAUCAACAUCACCGUCAUCGGGCAUAUAUUCGGGGGCAUCGUCAUAUGCAUCGUCACUUCAAGCCCGCUCAUCAUCAUCGUCCAGCUCGUCGAUAGAAUCUUUAAAUUCAUCCUAUUGUCACACUCCAAUUUCGUCAAACGCCUCGACACCGCUGUCGUUGCCUUCGGGCAAUCCAGUAUGGCCUUUGUCGUUGGGUAUACCUCAUGAAUUGGCAGUGUUGCGUACCCGCAUGUGGAUAUAUCCAUGGUUUCACGGCAAUCUUUCUGGUAAAGAAUGUGAAAAAUUGUUAUUGGAUCGUGGAAAGAAUGGUUCAUUUUUGGUGCGUGAAUCACAAUCGAAACCUGGUGAUUUCGUUCUAUCCGUACGUACUGACGAUAAAGUAACGCAUGUCAUGAUACGCUGGCAGGAUAACAAAUACGAUGUUGGAGGUGGUGAGCCAUUCAAUACCUUAUCCGAGUUGAUCGAGCAUUAUAAACGCAAUCCUAUGGUGGAAACCUGCGGUACCGUGGUCCAUUUAAGACAACCGUUUAACGCUACGCGCAUUACAGCGGCUGGCAUUAAUGCUCGUGUCGAGCAAUUGGUUAAGGGUGGCUUUUGGGAAGAGUUUGAAGCGUUACAACAAGGCAGCCGUGAUAUAUUCUCUCGGAACGAAGGCUACAAAUUGGAGAAUCGCAAUAAAAAUCGCUAUCGCAAUAUCUUACCUUAUGAUCAUACUCGAGUUAAAUUGAUCGAUGUUGAUCAUAGUGUCGCCGGAGCUGAAUAUAUUAAUGCUAAUUAUAUACGCUUACCCACCGAUGGCGAACAGAGCAUCAAUAUGAAUGCGUCCCAAGAAAGUUUGAAUGCUAUGAUGGUUACCUCCUGUCCCGCCUGUACUGCUGUUCAAGUGCAAAAAAGUUGCCCCAAUUGUCAAAUUUUGAAUAAGACCUGUGUCCAGUGUGCUGUGAAAACUGCCACCAUGCUUUAUAGUAAUUGUGUGACGUGUGGUAAGAAAUCGGAUAAUUCGGGUAAACAUAAACGCAGCGAAUCCCUAACGAAUGCUGUGUUAAAUGCCAGUAAUUUAAAUGGUUUGUGUGCGAUACGUUCAACGAAUAAUACCUCCGCACCGGCCCACAAUACCGGUAGCAAUGGUAUUGCGGCUAGACCUUCCCUAGGCGGUAAUGUUUUACAUAAAAAAUUGAGCAGUGAUUUAACGGAACGAGAAAUGUUUAAAACCUACAUAGCUACGCAGGGCUGUUUGGCUAAUACGAUCACCGAUUUUUGGAAUAUGAUCUGGCAGGAGAAUACACGUGUAAUUGUAAUGACAACCAAAGAAUUUGAACGCGAGAAGAAUAAGUGCGCGAAAUAUUGGCCCGACGAGGGACAAACAAAACAAUUUGGACCCGCGAGGAUACAGUGCGUGUCAGAGAAUUCCUCGCUGAGAGAUUAUACGUUAAGGGAGUUUCUAUUCUCCUGGCGUGAUCAACCCGAGCGACGUAUUUAUCACUAUCACUUUCAAGUUUGGCCUGAUCACGGUGUGCCCACUGAUCCCGGUUGUGUUUUGAAUUUCCUGCAAGAUGUUAAUACCAAGCAAAGCCAAUUGACUCAAGCUGGUGAGAAACCCGGACCGAUAUGCGUGCAUUGCUCUGCUGGAAUAGGUCGCACUGGCACAUUUAUUGUGAUUGAUAUGAUUUUAGAUCAAAUCGAUAAGCAUGGCUUAGAUACUGAAAUAGAUAUUCAACGCACAAUACAAAUGGUUCGUUCACAACGUUCUGGCUUAGUACAAACCGAAGCACAAUAUAAAUUUGUUUAUUAUGCUGUGCAGCAUUACAUACAAACACUUAUACAACGUAAACGUGCUGAAGAGCAAAGCAUACAAGUUGGACGGGAAUAUACAAAUAUUAAAUACACAGAAAUUGGAAAUGAUACGCAAAGAUCUCCACUACCACCAACUAUUACUAAUAUAAGUUUAGCAAAUAAAUCGAUAACAUCGGCAACAGUAACAGCAGCAUCUAUAGCGGCGACACCAGUACCAGUACCCGUAGUUGUAAAUUCUGGAAUGGGUGCCGCCAGCAGCACCGUAUCGAUCGGUGUUGUAUAUAAUCAAAAUGAAAAUGUUGGUCAUAAUACUAAACAGAAUUUUACUAAAAUGCCUUUACCGUCACCAACACAAACAAAUAAUCGUCAAAAACAGAUAACAGCAAUAACGACAACAACAGCAACAAUAACAAAUCAACAUCAAUUUCAAACAACAACGCUAACAUCAAUAACAACAACUGCAACCGCAACAACGCCCAAACACAACGAACAUAAUAAUACAACAACAAUUAAUAUACAACAACAGCAUAAUCAAAUAUCAACGGCAGCGUCAUCAAUGGCAUCAGCCUACGAAAACAUUCCCAAAGACAUCAUGAUGAGGCAACAAUAUGUGACGCCUCCUCUACCACCCCCUCCUACGCCACCGCGUAAAACAUGACAAUUUAAAUUUGUUUAAAAUAUAAAACAAUCAAUCCUUCUCUCUAGAGUCCCCCUCAAAACAAAAACAAAAAAAA